AUGAUGAUUAUAAUUAUAUUAAUAUUGAUUCAAUUUGUAUUAUCAACUAUACCAUCACCACAUCCCAGUUCAUUAACAAAACCAAUAUUAAAACUAAGUACAAAAACUCAUGAUAAACAAAUUAUAAUUGAUGCGUUAUUAGAUGUUGCAAAUAAAAUUAGUUCAUCAUCACACGAUCUAACUAGAUUUCAACAAUUAGUCAAUGAACAUAAUCGACAAUGUAUUGAAAAUUCCAAGAUAGUUUAUCAUAUAAAUACAAUUAAACUAGGUCAUAAAAUCUUUGAAGCUUCUGAAUGUAGAAGUAAUUUGAAUCAUAAAUUUCAAUCAAUUUUAAAACCAAGCGAUAAUAUUCAUAAUUUAAUAUUACAAAGUGAUUCAAAUAUAGAUCUACAAUUAAAAAUGAACCUAGUUGAUGAGUUUAUAAAUUAUGAACAAUUUAAAGAAUAUAAAUUUAAUGAUUUUCAAAAUUUAAAUUAUGAUUUAAUAUGUUUAAUAGAUUAUCAACAGUUAAUGCAAGUAGGGUUAAAACAAAAUGUAUUAGAAGUAAAUAUGGAAAGAAAUGUUCAAGUUGCACCAAAUUGUCAAUUCAAUAUGAUAAAUCCAAAUUUUAAAGGUUAUAUGAUUGAUUAUGAAACAACUACAAAUGUCCCAUUAAAUGGUACUUUUUUCUGUCAUAAGGGUAAAUCAUUAACAUGUAAUCGAGCAAUAGCUGUAUCUACAGGUUCUAGAUAUAAAUUGCCUGACUAA